UGGUUGUACCGACAUUAAGACCCGGUAGUUUAUGUUUGCGCCUCCUCUUUUGCGCCUUUCAAACAUGGCAGACGAACUGCUUAAGAGAUUGUGUACAGUCAUUGAAGUGUUAAUACUUGUCGUUCUUAUUGCAAUGCUCUGCAUUGUGUGGACCAAGCCGGACUGUAGGCACACAGACAGUGACUCAGAGGAAUGUUUGUUUGCAUACGAUGGAGCUGAGAAACAGGAGCAAAUUCAAACAGAAACAAUCAUAAAAGUGGAUUCUACGGAACCUUCGUGUCCUAAAUACAACCUUGAAAAAAGACUCAUUGAACGCGUGAUUAAGAAUGAAGUGGAAAUAAAACACCUGCAUGACGAUAUAUCAACGGUUCGUGAAGAGAUCGGGGAGAUGACCCGCAGGAUUAAUCAGUUGGAUCUCGCCUCUGGUUUCCGCUUUGAGCAGUUGUCCCAGAGUCUAAUAGAGAACAUGACGCGUUCUCUCGCGGAGCUUGAAACUGCCCGAGAUAUGGUGACAGAAAUGACCCGGCUCAAAGGAGCCAGUAUAUGGCCGCCAAAAAUACAGUUCACUGCCAAUAGCCCAUUUGACAAAUAUUUGGACAAUGGACAAACUAUAGUGCUAAAGAAUGUGGUCAUCAACGAUGGUCAAGGGUACGACCCAAAUACAGGCAUAUUCACGUGUCCCUUCAGCGGUCUUUACACAUUCUCUUUCCAACACUGUGUGCACAGGGGAAAAAUAUUCUCACGUCGGCAUAGUGAAGGACAAUACCCUGCUCAUUGCUGGUGUAGCGUUUGUAACAACGAGAUUGGUAACAACGGAGACGAGAAUGGUUACAACGGAGACGAGAAUGGUAACAGCGGAAACGAGAAUGGUAACAACGGAGACGAGAAUGGUAACAACGGAGACGAGAAUGGUAACAACGGAGACGAGAAUGGUAACAUCGGAGACGAGAAUGGUAUCAGCGGAGACAGAAUGGUAACAACGGAGACAAGAAUGGUAACAGCGGAGACGAGAAUGGUAACAACGGAGACGAGAUUGGUAACUACGGAGACGAGAAUGGUAACAGCGGAGACGAGAAUGGUAACAGCGGAGACGAGAAUGGUAACAACGGAGACGAGAAUGGUAACAACGGAGACGAAAAUGGUAGCAACGGAGACGAGAAUGGUAACAGCGGAGACGAGAAUGGUAACAACGGAGACGAGAAGCGAGAAAUGUGAAGACGAAAGGGGAAAACGGAAACGAAAAAAGUAA